GCGAGAUCGAGAGUGGUCAAUGAAGUCGCGCGCCCUCUGUGUUUGGUAACACUUGCGUUGCGUCUUGUUCGAGAUUACGAAAGAAGCCUAAAAGUCGCUGCUUUGUGAGAAACCAUGGCAGGAGCACCCCCAGGAUUCAUACUGGGGAUGCACCCCAUGGCCUACGCGCAGCCCCAACAGGUCAUGCAACAACAACAGCAACAGCAGCAGCAGCCGGUCAAACAGGUGCAACAACAAGUACCCAGUUACAUGUCAGAGGAGAAGCUCCAAGAAAAGGCUCGUAAGUGGCAGCAGCUUCAGUCGAAACGUUAUGCUGAGAAACGCAAGUUUGGAUUCGUUGAUGCUCAGAAGGAGGACAUGCCCCCGGAACAUGUGAGGAAAAUCAUUCGUGAUCAUGGUGACAUGACCAACAGAAAGUUCCGUCAUGACAAAAGAGUCUAUCUCGGGGCCCUGAAAUACAUGCCCCAUGCUGUACUGAAACUGAUGGAAAAUAUGCCCAUGCCAUGGGAGCAGAUCCGAGAUGUUUCCGUCCUUUACCAUAUCACUGGGGCUAUUUCAUUUGUCAAUGAAGUCCCCAGGGUGAUUGAGCCAUGCUACAUAGCACAAUGGGGUACCAUGUGGAUCAUGAUGAGGAGGGAGAAGCGUGAUCGACGUCACUUUAAGAGGAUGCGUUUCCCGCCAUUCGACGAUGAGGAACCUCCCUUGGACUAUGCUGACAACGUGCUUGACGUGGAACCCCUGGAACCAAUCCAGAUGGACUUGGACCCAGAAGAAGACUCCCCGGUCUAUGAGUGGUUCUAUGAUCACAAGCCCCUAAUUGACUCCAAGAUGGUCAACGGCACCAGCUACAAGUCAUGGAAUCUGACCUUGCCUGUCAUGUCGACCCUCUACCGUCUGGCCAACCAACUCCUCACUGAUCUGGUGGAUGACAAUUACUUCUAUCUGUUUGAUCUCAAGUCCUUCUUCACUUCCAAGGCUCUCAAUAUGGCCAUCCCUGGUGGACCCAAGUUUGAACCUCUGGUCAGGGAUGCAAACCUGCAGGAUGAGGAUUGGAACGAGUUCAAUGAUGUCAACAAGAUCAUCAUCCGACAGCAGAUCAGGACUGAAUACAAGAUAGCCUUCCCAUACCUCUACAACAAUCUACCCUACUACGUUCAUCUGACAUGGUACCAUACACCACCUGUUGUCUUCAUCAAAACAGAAGAUCCUGAUCUACCUGCCUUCUACUUUGAUCCUCUCAUCAACCCUAUUUCUCACAGACAUGCUGUCAAGAACGCAGAGCCUCUUCCAGAUGAUGACGAGGAGUUUGAGCUGCCAGACUACGUCCAGCCAUUCCUACAGGAGCGUCCCCUGUACACAGAUAAUACAGCCAAUGGCAUUGCCUUACUCUGGGCUCCAAGACCUUUUAACCUGAGGUCAGGCAGGCACAGGAGAGCCAUGGACAUUCCUCUUGUUAAGACAUGGUAUCGUGAGCAUUGUCCCAGCGGUCAGCCUGUCAAGGUGCGUGUCUCAUACCAGAAGCUCCUCAAGAUCUAUGUCCUCAAUGCUCUCAAACACAAACCACCAAAGUCACAGAAAAAGAGGUACCUGUUCCGCUCGUUCAAAGCCACCAAGUUCUUCCAGUCGACGAGUCUUGACUGGGUAGAGGUUGGUCUUCAGGUGUGUCGUCAGGGGUACAACAUGCUCAAUCUCCUGAUCCACAGAAAGAACCUCAACUACCUUCAUCUUGACUACAACUUCAACCUGAAGCCUGUCAAAACACUCACAACCAAGGAACGUAAAAAGUCCCGUUUUGGAAAUGCUUUCCAUCUCUGUCGUGAAAUCCUACGCCUUACCAAACUUGUUGUAGACAGUCACGUGCAGUACAGACUGGGCAACGUCGAUGCUUUCCAGUUGGCAGAUGGAAUUCAGUACAUCUUUGCUCAUGUUGGUCAGCUUACUGGGAUGUACCGCUACAAGUAUAAGCUGAUGAGACAGAUCAGGAUGUGUAAAGAUCUCAAACAUGUCAUCUACUACAGAUUCAAUACAGGACCAGUUGGUAAAGGGCCAGGAUGCGGUAUCUGGGCGGCUGGAUGGCGUGUCUGGGUAUUCUUCAUGCGCGGGGUCACCCCUCUGCUGGAACGCUGGUUAGGCAACCUCCUCUCCAGGCAGUUUGAAGGACGUCAUUCCAAGGGUGUCACCAAGACCGUCACCAAACAGAGGGUGGAGAGUCACUAUGAUCUGGAGCUUCGUGCAUCAGUGAUGCAUGACAUCAUUGAUAUGAUGCCUGAAGGUAUAAAGCAGAACAAAGCAAGGACUAUCCUGCAACAUCUGAGUGAAGCAUGGAGAUGCUGGAAGGCUAAUAUCCCUUGGAAGGUACCAGGCCUUCCCACCCCCAUUGAGAACAUGAUCCUGAGGUUUGUGAAGUCCAAGGCAGACUGGUGGACAAACACGGCUCACUACAACCGCGAGAGAAUCCGACGUGGGGCUACAGUAGAUAAGACUGUAUGCAAGAAGAACCUAGGAAGGCUCACCAGGCUCUAUCUCAAGGCAGAGCAGGAAAGGCAGCAUAACUAUCUGAAGGAUGGUCCAUACAUCACUGCUGAGGAGGCCGUUGCCAUUUACACCACCACUGUCCACUGGCUUGAGAGCCGUCGCUUCUCACCCAUCCCCUUCCCUCCCCUCUCCUACAAACAUGACACCAAACUACUCAUCCUGGCUCUGGAGAGAUUGAAGGAAGCAUACAGUGUGAAAAGUCGUUUGAACCAAUCUCAGAGAGAGGAACUCGGUCUCAUAGAACAGGCCUAUGACAACCCUCAUGAAGCCCUCAGUAGAAUCAAACGUCAUCUCCUUACUCAGCGUGCUUUCAAAGAGGUUGGUAUAGAAUUCAUGGAUCUAUACAGUCAUCUGAUCCCAGUCUAUGAUGUAGAACCCUUGGAGAAGAUCACCGAUGCCUACCUUGAUCAGUAUCUAUGGUAUGAAGCUGAUAAGAGACGUCUCUUCCCUCCUUGGAUCAAGCCGGCUGAUACUGAACCUCCUCCACUCCUAGUCUACAAGUGGUGUCAAGGCAUCAACAAUCUACAGGAUGUGUGGGACAUGUCAGAAGGAGAGUGUAACGUGAUGAUGGAAUCCCGCUACGAGAAGCUCUACGAGAAGAUAGAUCUGACUCUACUCAACAGGUUACUGCGUCUCAUCGUAGAUCACAACAUCGCUGAUUACAUGACGGCCAAGAACAAUGUUGUCAUCAAUUACAAGGACAUGAAUCACACCAAUUCCUAUGGUAUCAUCCGAGGGCUCCAGUUUGCAUCCUUCAUUGUGCAGUUCUACGGUCUGGUACUGGACCUGUUAGCACUCGGUCUACACAGAGCCAGUGAGAUGGCUGGACCACCGCAGAUGCCUAAUGACUUCUUACAAUUCCAGGAUGUUGUGACAGAGACUAACCAUCCCAUCCGACUGUAUUCACGCUACAUCGAUAAAGUUCAUAUCUUCUUUAGGUUUACGGCCGAAGAAGCACGUGAUCUGAUCCAACGCUACCUGACGGAGCAUCCAGACCCUAACAAUGAAAACAUUGUGGGUUAUAACAACAAAAAAUGCUGGCCAAGGGAUGCCAGGAUGAGACUUAUGAAACAUGAUGUCAAUCUGGGACGUGCUGUCUUCUGGGACAUGAAGAAUCGCCUUCCUCGCUCCAUCACCACCUUCCUAUGGGAGCAGAGCUUUGUCUCUGUCUACAGCAAAGACAAUCCUAACCUGCUCUUCAACAUGAGUGGAUUUGAGUGUCGCAUCCUACCAAAGUGCCGUACCACAAGUGAUGAGUUCACACACAAGGAUGGCAUCUGGAACCUACAGAAUGAAGUAACUAAGGAACGCACAGCCCAGUGUUUCCUGCGAGUAGAUGAUGAAUCGUUGCAGAGGUUCCACAACAGAGUCAGACAGAUCCUGAUGGCUUCAGGUUCAACUACAUUCACUAAGAUUGUGAACAAAUGGAACACGGCCCUGAUUGGUCUGAUGACCUACUUCAGAGAGGCUGUGGUCAACACCCAGGAACUCCUGGACCUUCUGGUCAAGUGUGAGAACAAGAUCCAGACCCGUAUCAAGAUCGGUCUGAACUCCAAGAUGCCCAGCAGAUUCCCACCGGUGGUCUUCUACACACCCAAAGAGUUGGGAGGGCUGGGGAUGUUGUCCAUGGGGCAUGUCCUCAUUCCUCAGUCGGAUCUCAGGUGGUCCAAGCAGACAGAUGUUGGCAUCACUCACUUUAGGUCUGGUAUGAGCCAUGAUGAAGAUCAGCUCAUUCCCAAUCUCUACCGCUACAUCCAACCGUGGGAGAGUGAGUUCAUAGACUCACAGAGAGUGUGGGCCGAGUAUGCGCUCAAAAGACAAGAAGCUAAUGCUCAAAAUAGACGUCUGACCCUUGAGGACUUGGAAGACUCGUGGGAUCGAGGAAUCCCUCGCAUCAAUACCCUCUUCCAGAAGGACAGACACACACUAGCCUAUGACAAGGGCUGGAGAGUUAGGACAGACUUCAAACAGUUCCAGGUCCUGAAGCAGAAUCCAUUCUGGUGGACCCAUCAGCGCCAUGAUGGUAAACUAUGGAACCUGAAUAACUACAGGACAGACAUGAUCCAGGCUCUAGGAGGGGUAGAAGGUAUUCUUGAACAUACUCUCUUCAAGGGAACCUACUUCCCAACAUGGGAAGGUCUUUUCUGGGAGAAGGCCAGUGGCUUUGAAGAAUCUAUGAAAUACAAGAAGUUGACCAAUGCGCAGAGAUCCGGUUUGAACCAGAUCCCUAACAGAAGGUUCACUCUCUGGUGGUCGCCUACCAUUAACAGGGCUAAUGUAUAUGUGGGUUUCCAGGUACAGCUUGAUCUGACUGGUAUCUUCAUGCAUGGCAAGAUUCCAACCCUCAAGAUCUCACUCAUCCAGAUCUUCAGGGCUCACUUGUGGCAGAAGAUCCAUGAAAGUGUGGUCAUGGACUUGUGUCAGGUGUUUGAUCAAGAGCUUGAUGCCCUAGAGAUUGAGACUGUCCAGAAGGAAACCAUCCAUCCCAGGAAGUCCUACAAGAUGAACAGCUCCUGCGCUGAUAUCCUUCUCUUUGCUGCUUACAAGUGGAAUGUCUCCAGACCCUCCCUCCUAGCUGACACCAAGGAUACCAUGGACAGUACCACGACACAGAAGUACUGGAUCGAUGUCCAACUGAGAUGGGGUGACUAUGAUUCCCAUGAUGUGGAACGUUAUGGUAGAGCAAAGUACCUGGACUACACCACAGACAACAUGAGUAUCUACCCUUCACCUACUGGGCUUCUCAUUGCAAUUGACCUUGCCUAUAAUCUGCAUAGUGCAUUCGGUAACUGGUUCCCGGGAUGCAAGCCUCUGAUCCAGCAAGCCAUGGCAAAGAUCAUGAAGGCAAACCCCGCCCUCUAUGUCCUUCGAGAGAGAAUCAGAAAGGGUCUUCAGUUGUACUCCUCGGAACCCACUGAGCCGUACCUGUCCUCCCAGAACUACGGAGAACUCUUCUCCAACCAGAUCAUCUGGUUUGUGGAUGAUACCAAUGUGUACAGGGUCACCAUUCAUAAGACCUUCGAGGGUAACUUGACAACCAAGCCCAUCAACGGAGCCAUCUUCAUCUUCAACCCUAGGACUGGUCAACUCUUCCUCAAGAUCAUCCACACUUCCGUGUGGGCAGGACAGAAACGUCUUGGUCAGCUUGCCAAAUGGAAGACUGCAGAAGAAGUGGCUGCCCUGAUUAGGUCCUUACCCGUUGAGGAACAACCUAAGCAGAUCAUUGUUACCAGGAAAGGCAUGUUGGACCCUCUGGAGGUUCACUUGCUGGAUUUCCCUAACAUCGUCAUCAAGGGCAGUGAGUUGCAGCUUCCCUUCCAGGCUUGUUUGAAGGUUGAGAAGUUUGGAGAUCUGAUCUUGAAGGCUACAGAGCCUCAGAUGGUGCUCUUCAAUCUCUAUGAUGAUUGGCUCAAGACCAUCUCCUCCUACACAGCCUUCUCACGUCUGAUCCUGAUCCUGAGAGCACUACAUGUCAACAAUGACCGCACCAAGGUAAUCCUCAAGCCAGACAAGACCACAAUAACUGAACCACAUCACAUCUGGCCUACACUUACUGAUGAAGAAUGGAUCAAGGUCGAAGUGGCCCUCAAGGACCUCAUCUUGAAUGAUUAUGGAAAGAAGAACAAUGUGAACGUAGCCUCCUUGACGCAGUCUGAGAUCCGUGAUAUCAUCUUGGGUAUGGAGAUCUCUGCACCAUCCCAGCAACGUCAGCAGAUCGCUGAGAUUGAGAAGCAGACCAAGGAACAAUCUCAGCUUACGGCCACUACAACCAGGACCGUCAAUAAACAUGGUGACGAAAUCAUCACCUCCACCACCAGCAACUACGAAACCUCAACGUUCUCCUCCAAGACGGAGUGGCGUGUCAGGGCCAUCUCAGCCACCAACCUUCAUCUCAGGACAAACCACAUCUACGUGUCAUCCGAUGACAUCAAGGAAACGGGCUAUACCUACAUCCUGCCCAAGAACGUCCUCAAGAAAUUCAUCAUUAUAUCAGACUUGAGAGCACAGAUUGCGGGCUACCUGUAUGGAGUGUCUCCCCAGGACAACCCUCAGGUCAAAGAGAUCCGAUGCAUCGUGAUGGUACCUCAGUGGGGCACCCAUCAGACCGUUCAUCUACCCAACCAGCUUCCUGACCAUGAAUUCCUCAAGGAGAUGGAGCCACUUGGUUGGAUCCACACCCAACCCAAUGAGCUUCCACAGCUCUCGCCUCAAGACGUCACUACCCACGCUAAGAUCAUGGCCGAUAAUCCCAUGUGGGAUGGAGAGAAGACGGUCAUCAUCACAUCCAGCUUCACACCAGGGUCAUGCUCCUUGACUGCCUACAAGCUAACUCCGAGUGGUUACGACUGGGGUAGACAGAACACAGACAAGGGCAACAACCCCAAGGGGUACAUGCCAUCCCACUACGAGAGGGUUCAGAUGCUGCUCUCCGAUCGGUUCCUGGGCUUCUUCAUGGUCCCUGCUCAAGGCUCCUGGAACUACAACUUCAUGGGUGUGAGGCACGACCCCAACAUGCGAUUCGACCUCCACCUGGCCAACCCCAAAGAGUUCUACCACGAGGUGCAUCGACCGUCUCACUUCCUCAACUUCAGCUCCCUAGAGGAUGUGGACAACAUGAACAGCGAUAGAGAGGAUCUCUUCAAGUAGAGGAUAUAGGUAUCUCAUCGAGGGAUUACACCAUCAGUGGCCUGUUUCUGAAAGAUUAGCAAUCAAACGCAACUUCACAAAUCAUAUGCAACUUGAUUUUCAACCGAUCAGAGACAUGUGUUUGUGACUAGCGCAUGAUAUUUUUUUCUGUUGCAGGCCCCCAGAGUUGCCAACUUCCUGGAAAUUGAAAGAUACAGGUGCAAAAAAUUAUUGAAUAUUGAGUAUUACCCAGAUUCAUACGUUUAUUGCAUCCUGUGGAGUGUGUGUAAUUGAUAAAUUUUCUCCUGAAUUCUCUGUCAAAUCUCCCCAAAAGGUUGAUAUCACAGUUUUCAGCAUGAUAGCUCUCACUGAAACCUUGCUAGACAUAUACGUUUUGCAGUGCCAGAUCCAAGGGACAUGUCAUCCCUUCCUCCUUUUUUUUUUUUUGGAAAUGGCUCAUAUUUUGGCUUCACUCAUCAGUCAGCCAAUGAUGUGAGGUCACUUCUUUUGAAAACGAUGGUACUU